CUUUUAAGACCUAAAAUAAACACAACGAAGAAGACAAAGGGGCGGAUGACGACCACGAAAACGACGACGACGAAGCCGACAGACGCCAUUUUGUUGUCAAACAGGAACAGCACAAGAGGGUUGAGAGGCGCAACAUAAAGGCAAGGUAAAAUGGGUAUUUUUAACUCCGCCUUCGCAAAACUUUUUGGAAAGAAGGAGAUGCGAAUCCUAAUGGUAGGACUGGAUGCUGCUGGAAAGACUACUAUCCUCUAUAAGCUCAAACUAGGAGAAAUUGUUACCACAAUCCCUACCAUUGGGUUUAAUGUUGAGACAGUGGAAUACAAGAACAUUAGUUUUACAGUGUGGGAUGUGGGCGGCCAAGACAAGAUCAGGCCCCUAUGGAGGCAUUACUUCCAAAACACACAGGGCCUCAUCUUCGUCGUAGACAGUAAUGACAGGGAGAGAAUUGGUGAGGCUAAGGAUGAACUUUGUCGGAUGCUGUCUGAAGAUGAGCUCAGAGAUGCUGCGCUACUUGUGUUUGCAAACAAACAGGACCUGCCCAAUGCCUGUAAUGCGGCUGAGAUCACGGACAAGCUGAAUCUACACAACAUGCGCAAUCGUAACUGGUACAUCCAGGCCACAUGUGCAACCAGUGGUGAUGGACUCUACGACGGCCUCGACUGGCUUUCGGUCCAGCUAAAGAAUGCAAAAUGAUCAGCGUCACUUCUUCUUUUCUUUCAUCUCUACAGUGUCACGGGAGGUCACACUUGUCUGAGUCUAACGUACUCCCUUCCUCUUUACCCCUCCCUCCCCUCCUCUCUUUCUCUCUCUAUCUAUCCCCUGAAGGGUGGGACCAUAUGUCAGAUCUCCCCUGCAUCUAUGUACUGUAUGGGUCUUUUUUUCUUGAAUGAACGAAGGCAUGACUGUCUGUGUACAUGUGUGAAUAGAGUGGGAGCAGCCCUGCUGUGCCUUCAUCACCGUUCCUCAAACAACUCUCCUGACGUCCACCGUCUGUCCACCCAAAAGUUACCAGUCUUUGUCCUCUGUUACAGAUGUUUGUUAAAAAGAACACUUGCUUCUGGCAUUAAAGCCUCUUGGGGGGGGGGGGGGGGGGGGGAAGGUUUACUCAUGCUGCGAAGGUGAUGUGUAAGUACACAUUUCUUUAAAUAAAACGUCUGACAUUCAAGAUGAUCUGACAUUCUGUGAAGUCUGUUUUUAUUUAUAAGCAUAUUGUAAUUUCAGCAGCAGCAACAGGACAUUUAACUAUAAUUUUAGUUUUUCAGUGUUGAUCUGUUCAUCUUGUCUGAUUUUUUUUUUUUUUUUUUACUAAAUCAUCCAACAUUCAUAAUAACAUUUUCUAAUUAUCAGUCGAACGAGGGCUUCCAGGAGUUGCUCCCACUCUGGUGUUGUGUGGAAUUGUGGUUUUGUUUUAUCUCUCGUUUGUUCUUUUGGUUAAUGUCUUAUCUUCCUUAUUUCUUGUGUUUUAAUUCCUGUCGAUGCAUGCCUGACCUGACUAACUCCAGCAUGAGCUGCUGUGGUAGGUGUGUAUAUCCUUCUAACUAAAAUUAUUUUGGGACCACCGAGAUUGAUUUAGGGUUUGUCUGGCGACCACUGGGUUGUCAUCUUUUUUAUUUCGGGCCUCCGAGGAGAAACGUGUCCUCUCGACUAAACAGUUGGACGUUGCAGUGUAGAAAAACUCUGUGCUUCAGGCUCUGUUCAGGCGGCUCUAACACGGCUUGUACAAUGUCAUGUAGUUCCCCACCUAACACGCUGAUCCUGACGUCGUCCUAUGGUUAAAUCAAAGGCAACCUUGACAUGAGUAUAGAUGAUGUUGACACUGUUGAUACUUCUGAAGUAAACAUUUCCCCAUAUUAUGUUUUCGGCUUUCUGUGUCUUUCCAUUAUGAUAUUUUCCUUAAUCAUCUGUAGAUGCAUUACUUACCUAAUUAGGCAUAUGGCAAGAAAUACAAAUGUAUAUAAUACUAAUGUAAGAAGAUGUGUUUUGAGGGAACUGCAUCCACCUACCCGUGUUCAGAUGUGAAGCUUUAACUUUUCGAGACAGUUUCUGUACAAAUGACAUGGCAUGUGCAUAUGUAUUUCUUGAUGCUUUUUAUGCUUUUUUAAAUCCAAUGUAACAGCUGAUAAAUGCACUGUAAUAAAGAGAUCUCUAUUGUACACA